CAAGUACCUUUCCGGCGUAUUGGUUUGCAUGUUUUGCUAUAAUUGUGAAGAGUAAAGAAAUGCGUGAGAAAAUCCUUGCGAUCUUCCUGGCGGUUGCUGUCGCUGCCCACGCCGAAGAAUCGAACCAAGUGGAUGCGCCGGAUGCGCUCGACUUUUCAUACGCACGACUCUGGCGUUACGCACAGCAACAGUGCAGCUUGAAAGGUAUCACACCGACCGCAUUCACGCACUCCUGGCUGGGGGUGCGUCGAUGUCUCAGGGACACGCUGGACGUGGUGCGGCUGAAUGAAGACUCGAUGCGGUUAGAUCUUGGCAACCAGGAGGAAAUUUUAGGCCGCCACUGUCCGAAGCUGUUCGAGGGUGUUAAGUGUUUCAAUCCCUUCCUGGACAUGGUGAAGGGAUGCGUAACCGAGGAGAGCUACGAGAUCUUCCAAGCUUUGCACAACUGGUUCCACGACAUUCUGGAGUAUCUUUGCGAAAACAAUGGCGCCAACAUUGAGUACGAUAAUGAGAAGCAUGACGCCUGUACGCGUGAGGUUAACAAGUACAUCAUUACCUGUGCGGCGGAGAACUUGAUCGCCACUCCGGAGGUUAAUCGUAAAACGCUCUCCGAAGCGAACUGCAAUGCACUCGCAACGGCAAAGGAUUGUCUGCUGGAAAAGCUGAAGAGCUGUGGCGUCUUUGCGAACGGCGCGAGAUUGUUCUACGAAAAUUUCAUUCAGAUUACGUCGUGCAAAAAUUACACCGCAACGGAAGGGACCACGGAACGAAAAUAA